AUGAAAAUGAUGUACGUGCAUGCUGUGCAGAGUCUCAUAUGGAACUUUAUGGCGACCGAGAGGAUAUUGUUGGGCAGAGGUUUGAUGGUUGGAGAUCUUGUCAUGGAUCACAAUUCAUCUGUUCUAAUGCUUGAGAGCGAGGAGCAAUUGUCCAAGUAUGGUCUGGAGCAUGUGGUCCUCCCCCUUCCUGGAAAUAGCAUAAAAUACCCCAGCAUUUCUGGUUUGAUGGGCAAACUGGAACUGUUCAUCGCUACGCUGUUUAAUAACAGCACGAACAUUUCAAAUUUUGGCGAGAAUUGUAAAAUGGGCAGAUUGGCGGGCGCAUAUCGGAAGCUUGUAUCAAAGCCUGUCGAUUUGAGCUACAAUUUUGUCGAGUAUUCAAGCUCAGAGGAGACCGUAAUUGCGCCAAUGUUGGAAAAUAAGCUAAACGUCAUUGAGGAGCCACAGGCGGGAGACGCACCCGAGGGAGAACAGGAAAAAGACCAUCAAUUGAACAAAAAGCAGAAAUGCUCGUUCCUCGGGCUGAAGCUUGAAUUUUCCUUACCCUCUUCGUGUUACGCUACCAUGGCUUUACGAGAAAUCACCAGAGCCGAUACUUCGUCAUCUGCCCAAAAAAUGCUAUCCCACCGGUAA